AUGGAUAAGCACAACCUGGAGAAGGACAUCGCCUCGGACUUGAAGGAACAAUUCGAGACUGAGUAUGGCCCCACGUGGCAUUGCAUGGUCGGCCGCCACUUCUCUAGCUACGUAACACACGAGAAAGCCUGCUACUGCUACUUCUACAUCGGUCAGAUGGGCGUGAUGCUGUUCAAGACCCCCUGA